ACUUCAUGAAGCAGGAGCCCCUGGAUUGUGUGGCUUCUCCCGUUCGCUACAGGGCAAUUCUUGCGGUGGAGCACUUGAGCAAGAUCAAGCCAUCUCUGACCCAGAAGGAAAACUGUCAUCUUCUUCAGGAGUGCUUCCGAAGCCUAUUUCCCCUUCCUCCCCUUGAGCAGACAAAAGAAGGGGAGGCAGCAGAUGAUGCUGAGCAUGCAGAGGCUCUCUAUACACGAUCCCUGGAAGCUCUUGCUCGCCUCAUGACAAGUCUUGAGGAAGAGCUGACCUUGUCAUGGCUCAAGGAAACCUUUCACCUCCUAGAGGCCUGGCUCCGUUCUGGGAAAGAGUGGGAGAGAGAGAGGGCCCUUUAUGCCUGCACUCAUCUGCUAAAGACUUACACCGAGAGACUGGAGGAUGCUAGAGAAAACUCUUCUGAGCAGUUUGGCUCCAUGAUUGGAGUGCUGGGGCCUCUCAGCUGUGACUCCCUGGCCACAUCACGCCAGCGGGCAGUCGACUGUAUCAGCUGCCUUCUCUCAACACAAGGCAAGGUUAUGCACACAAGGGAAGUGGAUCUGAAUCACUUCUGUGAGGAGCUGAUGGCCGCAGAUGUGGAUUCGCUGCUGAGGACCUCUUCCAAAAUCGCAAAGGUUGCAUGCAAAUCCUUUUGCUCAGAGCAGGCAAGAGGCUUUCUGAAGGCUGUCCUGGGCAGCAUGCUGUCCUUCAGCCCCACUUGUGCUCGGGCAGCAGGCGAGUGGAUGCUCAUCUUCCUGAAGGAAUGUGGAAGAGAAAUGUUGCUGGAGGUGCCAGAAAUCCUGACAAUCCUUUACGAUCAUCUGCCAGCUGCUCAGCAGGGCAGCCUGAAGGAGUUCCUCUUUGAGGCAGUGUCUGUCCUGGGCUGCUAUCACCCUGAGGCAGUAACCAACAGCCUCCUCCAGAGACACCUGCCCAUGGACAGUGAUACCGUGGAGCUGUGGAGGACUCUUGGCAGAGGCAUCUUUGCAAUUGAAAUGCUCCAGUUGCUAAUGGGCAAACUGGAGAGCGCUGAAGACACCCCCGCCAGAAGCAACUGCCUCGAUGAGGAAGGGAGCGACAAUCUGGCUGCGCUGGAGCCUCUCAUGGUAACCUGUGCCCUCCGUGAGCUGGUGUAUUCCCUGGAGCCCCGGGAAAGUGUGUCUCUCCUGCUGCCACGGCUGUUUCCAAUGCUGCUGAAACAAAUCAGCAACACUCUUGGAAAGGAGCUGCCUUCAUCUGCAGGAAGAGUUGAAGACGAGCCAGUCCUUGUGGCAAGUGGUGAAGGCAGCAGUCCUUGCAGGCUUUCCAUCAAAGCAUUAGAUACUGUGCUCUGCAAGUGCAUCAGUGAGAAAUGCAUGGGGAUUCUCCGGAAGCAGAACACAUGGGCUUUUCUUGAAAAUCCCCGGACAUACCAUGAGGGCAUGUGUCUGCUGACUAGUGUUCUCCUCCAAACGGAUGUGGUCACGGUGACCACCAUACGUGCUGUCUUGCCAUGGCUGGACUCGCCAUCAGCAAACCUGAGGAUCAUGGCAGCAUCUUUCUUUGCUGAGGAAGAUCCUAGCAGAAAGUAUCCCAGCCAUGCUGGAAUCCAUGAACAGUUACGCAUGUGCCAUGAGUGCUCAGGAUCAAUCUAA